AGGUGACCUCCUUUACGUGGAAUUUCCGGUGAGUUGAUCAGUUACUUUUGUUUGUUAAUUAUAAUAUUGAUAAAGGCCUUAAAAUUAUGUCAUUGCUAUGCCAGGUAAUUUUACACAUGGGAGGUAGUAAAUCAUCUUACGAAAGCUGCAGAUUGGAAGAGUGAAGAACUGACCGACAUUUUAGCAGAGCAAAAAGCAGCCAAGGUGGAGAAGUUUCUCGACGUUUUUAUAAUGUUUUGGAGAUGGGUGUACUGGCUGGCGACAGUUUCAGUAUGUACGGCGAGCCAAUAUGAUUCAGGAGGGGAUAAAAAUUCUAUAACAGACAUUGGAGAAAAUGCGACAGAACGCUUGGAACCCAUUAAUGGCACGCCAAACUUUAGACUGAUCAAACCGGAGAAAGUAACACAAUGGUUUCCAGAAAGAGAAAUAAAACUCGAUAGUUGUGUGCGGAAAGCAAGAUGCGAAACAUUAGGCAAAAACAUAUGUUUAGGUGUUAAAUUACCAUACGAUAAAACUAGUGUACACCUCACUUUCUAUGACACCCAAAAUAAAAUACAAAAUCAGUUGGAAUUGUACAGGGAAUUGAUAAAUGUGCCAAAAUGUUGGGCGGUGAUUCAACCGUUAUUGUGUGCCGUGUUUAUGCCAAAAUGUGAAAGAAUACUUGGACAGGACAUGGUGUAUCUGCCCUCAUAUGAAAUGUGUAAAAUAACAAUGGAACCUUGCGCUAUUUUAUACAAUACUUCAUAUUUCCCAUCAUUUUUGAGAUGCAAUACAACAAGGUUUCCCUCAAAAUGUGAUAAUGCAGCUAGAGAAAUGAAGUUUAAUACAUCUGGAAAAUGUUUAUCACCUUUAAUACAUACUGAUAAAACUGUACAUUUUUAUGAAGGUAUAUCAGGAUGUGGGCUACCGUGCCGUGACCCGCUGUACUCAGUGGAUGAACACCAACAAAUACACAGACUGGUGGCGUGGGGCGCUGGGGUCUGUUUGGCUUUCAACCUUCUGACUGUUGCCACAUUCCUUAUCGACUGGCGUAGCGCUAACAAGUAUCCUGCGCUUGUCAUUUUCUAUAUUAAUGUGUGUUUCGCUGUCGCUUCAAUGGGUUGGCUGGUGCAAUUUGGAGUUGGAUCUAGAGAUGACAUAGUAUGUUCAAAGGAUGGUACCAGACGACGCGGCGAACCUUCCGCUGAAGAAAAUCUCUCUUGUGUUGUUGUUUUUGUCUUGGUAUAUUAUUUCAUGAUGGCGGCAUGCGUGUGGUUUGUUAUUUUCACAUACGCAUGGCAUAUGAGUUUUAGAGCAUUAGGUAAAAUACAAGACAGGAUAGAUAAGAAGGCGGCGUACUUCCACCUGGUGGCGUGGUCGUUGCCGCUGGUACUGACCAUCACCACGAUGGCAUUCGGCGAGGUGGACGGCAGCAGCGUCACCGGCAUCUGCUUCGUUGGCUACGUCAACCAUCCCAUGCGAGCUGCCCUACUGUUAGCUCCGCUCUCUGUUGUGUUGAUACUCGGUGGAUACUUUCUUUUACGUGGUGUAUUUUCACUGAUCGCGGUGCGCGUGUCGAGCAAGGACGUUAUCUCAGCGCGCGCCGCCAACAAGAUCCGGCAGACGAUCACUCGCUGCUCGCUCACCGCCGCGCUCGUCGCAGUCUUCAUCACCGUCACCGUCGCCUGCCACUUCUACGAGUUUAGAAAUGCAGACUCCUGGAAGGACGCUUUCAUGAAGAAUAUCAUCUGUCGGCUGGAGGCGCUGAAGGAGUCUGAGAUGGAGUGCUCUGUGGGGGCGCGUCCGUCAGUGUCGGUGCUGCAGCUGCGGUUGCUAUGCUGUUUCGCGGCCGGCGCGCUCAUGGCCUCCUGGACAUGGACCCCGGCCGCUGCAUCCGCUUGGAGGCGCUACAUGGCCAGAAAGUGCGGUUGCUCGGUGGAGGCGGACGGCACGCGGCGCGCGCGCAAGGACGAGCUGAUAGCGCGCGCGUACCGCCGGCGCGGAGAGUUCGCGGCGCGCGGCCGCAUCUCCAUCUCACUGGGGGCCUCGCGCCAGGACCCAGUCGGCCUCGGUCUCGAUCGCGCACCAAUCGACUGCCACACUGACGACAAACACGAGAGUGGUGAAUUAUCAUCAUCAUGGGCGGCCAACUUGCCUCGCUUCGUGCGGCGUCGCGACGCCCUCGUCCUGCCCGCACAUACCCACCAUUCACUCAGCUCCACUCCCGACAGACGCAACUCUCAGGACUCCCAGAUCAGCAUCAGUCUACGUCACGUCUCCGUCGAGUCACGUCGCAACUCUCUAGACAGUCAGCUAUCUGUUAAAAUAGCCGAAAUGAAGACAAAAGUUGGCAGACGACGAACAAAACAUAGUAAAGCGAAGCGAAAGGCUCGAGCUGCGAACGCGCGGAAAGAAAGUACACCCUCUAUAGAGAGUCAGAUAAGUCGAUACUGGCUUCAAGCUAUGGCAGCUAAUAAUGACCCCUCCAGAGAAGAGGUCAAAUUCAGCUUCGAUUGAGUCUAAUACUAAAGUUAAUCCAUUUAGAAUACCUAUACAGUAAGGUAACCGCACAAUUCUAUUUUCGACACAUUAACUAAUAAGUUAUUUAGAAAUUCUGGUAAUAUACAAACAGGUCCGUAAGUUGCAUUUAAACUUUCACCUUAUUAAAGGAUGGAUUUUAAUUGAGUAACAAAACAUUUCAUUGACC